UUUGCUCGUGGAGGAUUUGCGCGUGCAUGCCCUCUGAUUCCCAAACCUCCUCGUGCGGAUCCCGGUGGUCAGCAGACGGAGGAGCGGGUCCCGCGGCAUGCAGCCGGACCGGGACCGGGACCCGGGAGCAUGUCGGAGAACGGGACGGGCUCUGAGGGGGGGGUGACGCACCACAACGUGCCCGCGCUGGUUUUCGGGGUGCUGCUGAUCGCGGCGGUCAUCGGCGGGAACGCGCUGGUGUGCGUGAGCGUGUACCUGGAGAAGGCUCUCAAAACCACCACCAACUACUUCAUCGUGAGCCUGGCGUUCGCGGACCUGCUGCUGGCCGUCCUGGUCCUGCCCCUCUUCGUUUAUGCAGAGUUCCAGGGGGGGGUGUGGACCCUGAACAUGACCCUGUGUGAUGGUCUGAUGACCAUGGACGUGAUGCUCUGCACGGCCUCCAUAUUUAACCUUUGUGCCAUCAGCCGGCAGCUGGGGCUGCUGGCGGGCACGUGGCUGCUGGCCCUGGGCGUGGCGGCGCCGGUGCUGCUGGGGGUGCAGGACGUGGCGGGGCGGCGGGGGGGCCGCUGCCGGCUGGAGGACAGCAGCUACGUGGUCUACUCCUCCGUCUGCUCCUUCUUCAUCCCCUGCCCCCUCAUGCUGCUGCUCUACGCCGGGGUCUUCUCCGGCCUGCGCCGCUGGGAGGACGCACGCCGCGCACGCCUGCGCAGCAGCAUCGAGGCCUGCAGGUCAGGGGGGGGGGCCAAGGGGGGGGGGAGGGGGGGGGGGGGGGGAGGGGGGGGGGCCAGACCCAGACAAGACUCAGGAACUGAGGUCCUCCAGAUAGAGCCAGACCAGACUAUGGUCCGUCAGGCCCUGUGCGAGAGCUGCUCCAUCCCCCCCGCCCUCAUGAGCACCGUCACCUGGCUGGGCUACGUCAACAGCGCCCUGAACCCCGUCAUCUACACCAUCUUCAACACCGAGUUCAAGAAGUUCUUCAAGAAGUGUUUCCGGAGCUGCUGC